AUGCAGUUAUCCAGUUACGAACAUCUUACCCAAGACAAUAUUAUUUUUAAAGAAGCCAGAGAAUUUAAAGUAAAAGAUAGCAAGAUCAAAUACAAACGUAUCCCAAUUGAAAUCAAAUAUCCAAAUGGAAAGAAAGGAGCUUUGGUAAUUGAAUCUCCAGUUCUUUUGUCUUUUGGUGUAAAUGAGAAGAAAAAACAAGAAACAAAUAAGUUAGUAGGAUAUAGUAUGCCAGUAUGUCUUUGGGCUAAAGAUAGUGAGCCGAAUACUAAAGAAAAAGCAUUUUUUGUAACCCUAGACGAUGUUGUUUCAAUGUGCCAAAGUCAUUUAGAGAGUGAAUACGGUGCAGAUCUAGCAUCAUCUCUGUCUUUACCAUUUUAUUACAAACAGAUAGAAUAUACAGACAAGAAAGGAAAAAAGAAAACAAAAGUUGAUGAAUCAUCCGCACCAGUUCUUUACGCAAAACGUAUUUACUCAGAAAAAUCAAAGAAAAUUUUAUCUUUGUUUAAGGGAAAGGGAGGUAAGGAUUUAAAUCCUUUUAAAUAUAUUAAUCAGUAUUGCAAUGUUAAAUUAGUAAAACUGUUACAUCUUUACAAAUAA